AUCCCACCGGAAAAAUUGAACACUAGGAUCAGCUGCUAUAAUAAACCAUGUAUACGCACGCAACUACCUACGUCGGUGAUGCUUCCAAUUAAUAGGGUAUGUUUGGAACAACGCCAACUCCAUUUCCACCUCUGCUGAAACUGGAGCUCAGCCAAACAAUUUCAGCUCCACGUGGAGCUCUAUCACAAAAUGAAUUAGAGUGGUGAAGCUGGGUUCAGGCAGCUCCACACUUCACUCCAAACCCAACUCCUUGAGCUAAAUUUAGUAGUUGGAGCUCUAAAAAAAGCCCAUAGUAAGCAAAAUGAGCUUCAUAAUUCCAUAUAAACACAUGCAUAUCAGCAGCAGUCUCCUCACUGAACCAAGAAGGACACUAAAGCAGUAGUCUAGUCUCCCGGCCAAGCAAGAACCAAAAAGCAAUUAAGAUCGAACUCGAGCAAACAUGUCGUCGACUAACAACAGUUCAGGCGAGCCGCCGCCGGCGGUGCGCGUGCUGGGCGGUUGGGCGAGCCCCUUCACGAACCGCGUGGUGGUGGCGCUGAAGCUGAAGGGCGUGGAGCACGAGAUGUUGCAGGAGACGGUGGGGAAGAAGAGCGAGCUGCUGCUCCGGUCCAACCCGGUGCACAAGAAGUUCCCCGUGCUGCUCCACCACAGCAAGCCCCUCCCCGAGUCUCUCGUCAUCGUCGAGUACAUCGACGAGGUCUGGCCGGCCUCCAAUGGCGGCGCCCCGGCCAUUCUCCCUCGCGACCCCCACGGCCGCGCCGUCGAGCGGUUCUGGGCACGGUACGUCGAUGACAAGAUUCUACCAGGGCUUCGGGUUUUGAGAGGAUCGGUGGCCGGAGACAAGGACCAAACCGCAGGUGAAAUGUCCACGACUCUACAGCGUCUGGAGGAAGCAUUUGUCAAGUGCAGCCAAGGGAAGGAAUACUUCGGCGGCGACAGCAUCGGCUACCUGGAUAUCGCUCUGGGUUCGUUCCUCGGAUGGAUCAAGGCGGUGGAGAAGAUCGCCGGCGUCGAGCUCCUCAACGAAACCAAGCUUCCGAUCCUGGCUGUUUGGGCGGAUCGCUUCUGCGCGCACCCAGCCGUGGUGGACGUCGUGCCUGACGCUGAUAAAUUGGUUGAGUUCACCGUUCAAUAUGGUUCUGUGCUGAAUACUGUGAAUGUUCUUCCCAAGUGAUGGAUGGUAUGCUGCUUUGUGCCUGACGAUAAAUUGGUUUGAGUUCACCGUGCAACGUGCUUCGUGUUGCCAUUUAGUAUGGUCACUAGUGAAAGAUGAUGGUCAUUUACGUUGUUUUGUUUCGUUUCUUCGGAACUGUAGUUUCCCUUUCCGUCUGAGUCUGUAAUUUUGCUUGUAAGACUUCUCUCUGAGUCUUUUAUUACUACUUCUCUCAGUCUUUUAUUACUACUACUACUACUGAUGAUGAUGAUGAUAUUCUAAUGACCA